AUGGCGUUCUGGAGGGCUUUCGCCGUUACAUCUGCUCUGUCGUCUCUUGCCGUCUUCUCGAAUGCUUUAGAUGUCGAUCUGAAAACGAAUGUUGCAGUCUACUAUGGCCAAGGAGCCUACCAACCUCGCCUCCGCCAUUUCUGCCAGGAGACAUCCUUUGAAAUCAUCAACUUGGGCUUCAUUAAUGUCUUCCCGGAUGCUGUCGGAGGCUACCCCGGUUCAAACUUUGGCAACCAAUGUGAUGGCAAUGUCUACCCUGAAUCAGAGCUUCUCAGCGGCUGCCACCAGAUUUGGGAGGAUAUCCCAAUCUGCAAGGAGAUGGGGAAGACCAUCAUGCUUUCUAUCGGAGGUGACACCGCAUAUCAAAAGCUUGAAAACGAGCUGCAAGCCAUCUGGUUUGCGGACUUCUUGUGGUACUCGUUCGGUCCUCAGAAUGAGAACUAUACCGACAUCUAUCCUCGUCCAUUCCUCGACAACUCCAUGGACGGGUUUGACUUCGAUAUCGAGCAUGACGGCGGUUAUGGCUACGCCACCAUGAUUAACCGCCUUCGAUCCCACUUCGACGAAUAUCCUGACCAAAAGUUCUACAUCUCGGGUGCCCCGCAGUGCACCCUUCCUGAUGAGCAGCUCAGCAGCGCCAUCUCCCACUCGGCAUUCGACUUCAUCUGGGUCCAGUUCUAUAACACAAAGGGGUGCUCUGCGCGGGAUUUCGUCAACGGCACUGGUGAUUUCAACUUCGCCAACUGGGUUGAUAUAAUCAAGAACAGCAGCAACCCGGAUGCCAAGUUGUUUGUUGGUCUUCCGGCCGCCGAAGAAGCUGCUGGGGAGGGUUUCUACCUCACGCCUGCCGAAGUGUACCCUCUGGUCGAGAUCUACAUGGGCUUAUUCCCGGAGACAUUUGGUGGUAUCAUGCUGUGGGAAGCUACGGCGUCGGACAACAAUACCUCCAUCGACGGCCUCAAUUAUGCCCAGGAAAUGAAGCAGAUCCUCUACGACUGCGCUCCUCCCCCUCCGCCGACUACUCCCUUGCCGACCUCGACUAUCACUCGCAUUGUGACUCCAAUUCCUAAGCCGACGAUCACGCCUUCUAGCUCAGUGUUCUAUUCGAGUUCCCCGGCAUCCUCUCCAGCCUCCAGCCCGUCAAGUAAGCUGGUGGCUUCAAGCUCACCUCUUGCCUCUUCGGGCAUACCGCAUGAUUCCCAGUCGACCACUGCAUCAUCGCCAAGUGCUGCCUCAUCCAGCUCUAUUCCUACAUCUAGUCAUCUGCCGUUGACUCCUCCAACUGUGCCGUUCAGCUCGCAGCAUGUCUCUUCCAGCACUCCGCAUGCGUCUCAGUCGAUCACUCUAUCUUCGCCAAGUGCUGCUUCAUCCAGCUCUAUUCCUACAUCUAGUCAUCCGCCGUUGACUCCUCCAACUGUGCCAUCCAGCUUGCACCAUGUCUCUUCCAGCCCGCCGCAUGUUUCUUCUAGCACUCCGCAUGCGUCUCAGUCGAUCACUCUAUCUUCGCCAAGUGCUGCUUCAUCCAGCUCUAUUCCUACAUCUAGUCAUCUGCCGUUGACUCCUCCAACUGUGCCGUUUAGCUCGCAGCAUGUCUCUUCCAGCACGCCGCAUGUUUCUUCUAGCACUCCGCACGCUUCUCAGUCGACUGCCCUGUCUUUGCCAAUUGCUGCUUCAUCUAGCUCUGUUCCUACAUCUAGCCAUCUGCCGUUGACUCCUCCAACUGUGCCGUUCAGCUCACAGCACGUCUCUUCCAGCACGUCGCAUGUUUCUUCUAGCACUCCGCAUGCUUCUCAGUCGACUGCCCUGUCUUUGCCAAUUGCUGCUUCGGCUAGCUCUGUUCCUACAUCUAGCCAUCUGCCAUUGCAUCCUUCAGCUGUGCCGUCCAGCUCGAAGCCUAUCUCUUCAAAUAUCCGGUAUACCUCGGUGACAGGCGCUGAGGCCUCGUCUUCCGUCGUUUCCUUCACCUCCAAUUCGCCCUCCAGGCAUUUGCAGCCAAGCGCUCCAUCCAGCUCCCGGGCUAGCAUUUCAACUGGACUGCACACUUCCAGCUCGAGCGCAACAGGUGUCUCGGCGACGGCUACUUCUUCUAGUCCUCCGCCACGCUCCAACCAUUUGACCUCUUCCAGCAACUUGGUUAGCUCUGGAAGCCCAAUAUCAUCAAGAACCACCGUCAACCUAAGUGGAACAGUGUCGAAGACGUUAAGCACCCCUGUGAUUUCAACCCAGUCGACUGCCUCAAGUUCUAUUGUUGGAAAUGUCAGCCCUCCGGUGCCAGGCAGGCCAACAGGCAUCUUUGGCACCACUAGGCCGUCAUCUUCCAGCCCUGUCUCUUCUUCUAGAGGUGCUUCAACCACUGGCUCGACUAGGUUGGGCGCAAGCCCCUCGUCAUCGGAGCUUCUUGGCAGCACUAUCACUAAAUCUAGUUCGUCCUAUGUCCCCCAGAGACCUAUGCAUACACCUGUUACGCAGCUGCCAGUAUCUAGGCCAACCACAGUCCCUGUCUCGAGCUCCAAGUCUUCGACACAGGUUACCCCUACGGGCUCCGUCUCUGUCUCUGAUUCGACGGCUGUCUCAAGUUCAACGAUCACCACUCCCACCAGCAUGUCUGCCUCCGCCUCCCCGACCUCCGAGUCUGAAACUGCAUCAGCUACUAGCAGCACUCAACCUGCUGGGCUGUCGAGCUCGUCGGGUACUGAGUCUACUAGGGCUUCCCAGACCACUGGACGCGGGUCUUCCAUGAAUACCUCUGUCGUUACUGCUUCGCCUUGGGUGACAUCCGUGCCUUCAAGUACUGAGCCUGGUGUGACCACGACAAUCAUCGUUACCUCGUAUACAGACAUAUGUCCUACGGGUUUCACUACUAUCACGACUACUUACACGACGACUAUCUGCCCCGAAGCUACUGCUAGUUUGACCGGUCCUCCUUCCGGCCUUGCCACUACUACUAUAGCGUCAAUUCCCGAGGGCUGGACCACGACUGUGACGGUUUGCACACAAUGUGCCGCAACCCCGACCACUGUUACCCUUACCAAGCCGAUUCCCACGACCACAGUGCAGAAUACCCAUGAGCCCUCUACUGCCUUGGCCACUGAGACCUGGACUGAAACCUGGACUACAACCGUAUCCUUCUGCAAGCAUUGUGGUCCUACAGGAUCAACACUUACUCUUACCGUACCUUACACUCCCGUGGCUACCCCCACAGGGGUUGCAGGCUCUUCUGGAGAGGGCAAAGUCUCUGACCAGAGUAGUCAUUCCCAGCCUACCAUCGCCAGCUCUGUCAGUGUGGCCCCUGGUUAUCCUCCUUCCCGGCCCAUAGGAUCGGGAUCUAGCAGCGCCUAUUCGCCCGGCCAAACACCGACUCUCGCUUUCCACCCCUCGAGCAGCUCCUCAAGCACCCUCUCUCAAACAAAAUCGACUCCCACUGGUACUCACGAGGGAGUAUCACCAGUCUAUACUGGUGCAGGCUCUCGGCCGGAGGUUGCAAGCUUCCUCACCGUCAUCGUCACGGCUUUCUUGGCAUCUUGGGUCUUCCUGAUCUAA